AUGAAGAAUGCGAGUAUUUUGGAUAGCAUGCCCAGCUGGUUUGGAGUGCUUUGUUAUGAUAUUGGAUUAGUAGAUUUUUCGGACAACAACCUGACUUGGAAUCCGUUGGAGUUCAAACAAAUGAAGAAGAGUCCUCCUGAUGGUAAUUCGCCAAGCAUAGCUCUAAAGUCCAACAAAUUGGAUGGAUCUCUCAAAUCGUUUCCGUCUUAUAUUUACGAAUUAGAUCUUUCACAAAAUUUUCUUACUGGACAUAUUCCAUUGCCUGAUGUUGGUCAAACUGUUGCAUCUACUCGUUUUCUCACACUCAGUGAUAAUCAUUUCACAAGUAGUAUCCCGGAAGACUUGUGCAAGUUGGAAAAUUUAGAACAUCUGGAUCUAUCCAACAAUUUCCUGUCCGGAAGAGUUCCUCUGUGUUUGGGAAAUUUGCCAGACUUGUGGGUCCUAAACUUGGCUAAUAACAGUCUAUGCGGUCAAAUUCCAAGUUCACAGGGCAACUUGGGGCAACUUUGGAUUCUGCAUUUGAGUCGAAAUAAAUUCGUUGGGAAGCUCCCAUCCUCAAUGCGGAGCCUGAGAAAUUUACAAAUUCUUGAUCUCGGUGACAAUGGACUCACAGAUAUUAUACCAAUAUGGAUUGGGGAAAGGUUAUCAAAAUUAAAGUUUCUAAGAUUUCAGUCAAAUAACUUCCAUGGAGUCAUUUCUGAUGAGCUCUGCCUACUCUCAAGUCUUCAGGUGCUGAACCUAGCGCAUAAUAAUUUAACAGGAUCUAUUCCUCAUUCUUUUAUCAACUUCUCAAUGAUGGUAUCAAGUGAACCAGGAACUGAUCUCUGGGUAUUUAGCGAUUUCACCUGGCUUCAAAACUUCAAGGGAGGAGGAGAACUUGGGUACUCCUCUCGGAACCUUUUGCGCAUUAAAUCCAUAAGCCUCUCAACAAAUAAUUUAGUGGGUGAGAUCCCUGAUGGGAUAAUGGAUCUGGUUGAUUUGCUAACUUUGAACCUUUCACGUAAUCAUUUCACUGGAUAA